CUCAUUCCAAUAUCGAUACCACUUUCCUCCAAUACAGCUCUUAAUCGCUCUAGCGCAACCCCCGCCAUCGUUGCCUCUGCCACCCUUAAAGGUCCCAUUGUCGCCCCUUCUACCAUUGACACAGGCUUUAAAGGCCCAUGCGUAAGCUGUCACUGCAUUAAUCCAUCGGCCUGUUGUAGCAAUACUCCUAACGGCAAUGGCAGUGGCAACGACGUAGAUAGUACAUCAUCUCGUGUAGCUUCUUUUGGCUUCAGCAUCGCUGAACUUUCCCGAGAAUCUGCAGGGGAUUCUUGUAUAAAGAACAAAUCGUCUCUUAGCCAUCCAUGUCUACUUCAGCAACCUAGCUCACCUGUUACUGGUGAGUAUAUGUCGCCUGGCUCGACUAAUUCAGGCCCCGAUAAUAGCCUUCUUCCAUUAAGCUCAUCUGUAUCAGGACUGGUCUCUGCCAGACAGUCAGGAAACUGUUCCUCAACCAUCCAGUCUUUACAAAUCCCUGGCUCUGGAGGCCACUUAGCUUGUGCGACAUCAGGACUCUCUUUUCCCGCUGGAUGCACUCCUGCUGGGGUUUGUGGCGACGGCGUUGAUGUUAACAUACCGAGUAUGCCAGCUGUCCUACCGCGUCACCUCAUCGCUGCUAUGCAACAGCUCACUGGUCUCGAUUGGCAAACUGCCUUCCAACUAGUACAAUCGAAUCCCUAUAUAUCUGAGGUCUAUUCAACGGCAGUGACAGCAGCCGCAGCUGCUUCCGCCUCCUCCAGUUCCACGAUUUCCACUCCGAUUGACCAAGUCACUUCAGCUUCUCUUGUUGAUGGACUUGGAUCUGCUCUAUCUUUAUCCGACCGAGACAGAGGAAGGGGCAUUCCCAUCUCGGAAGCUUCUGCAACGCUCACAUCUGGAGAUCGAAGAAAUCAUAGGUAA